CCACAGAUUUAAUGAAACAGUAAAGAAAAGAAAUAAAGGUUUCAUUCUUGCUUGGUGUCUGGUGGAUAUUAUCGUGAUCGCGUGACAUUCGUGCAUUAUUAGUGAAUCCGCGAAAAGUAAAUCAAACUGGCUGCAAUAAUAAGCCACGCAAUGCCCGACACAGUCGAUGGCCCUGAGGUUCCCAAAUCGAAGCGCCCUUCAGAUUCGGCCUUCAAGCAGCAGCGUUUGCCAGCAUGGCAGCCCGUUCUAACCGCUGGUACUGUUCUACCCGCCUUUUUCAUAAUUGGCAUUGUUUUCAUACCGAUCGGUGCACUGCUGUUGAUUUCGUCUAACUCGAUAAAUGAGUUUGUGUACGAUUACACACAUUGCAUGCCGGAUAUAGGCAAUCAAACAUGCGCCGAGAUUAUCAGUCAGAGCCCAGGCACAACCUGCGAAUGUACGGUGCGGUUCGAGUUACCGAAGGACUUUAUAGGUAGGGUGUACAUGUACUAUGGGCUGACCAACUAUUUUCAAAACCACCGCCGCUACGUGAAAUCGCGCGAUGAUGACCAGCUGCUAGGUCGUUUGUCAUCGGUACCGUCAAGUGACUGUGCACCAUUCGCAUACGCUGACGAUGAAGAUCAAAUACCGAUUGCGCCGUGUGGUGCGAUUGCUAAUUCAUUAUUUAGCGACAAGUUCGAGUUGUAUUCGCUGAAGCUCGGGCGCAAGGUGCCUCUUUUGCAAACGGAAAUUGCAUGGCCAUCUGAUCGGCACAUUAAGUUCCGCAAUCCGGAGGGUGAUUUAAAGGAGGCUCUGCGAGGUUUUAGACGCCCGAAAGCUUGGUCACUCGAACUGUGGGAGCUGGAUGAAACCAACAAGGAAAACAACGGUUUUCAGAACGAGGAUCUAAUUGUAUGGAUGCGUACCGCUGCGCUACCGACCUUCCGGAAGCUUCACCGUCGCAUUGAUCAUUCGCAAGAGCUCUUUGAGGAGGGCCUGAACAAGGGCAACUAUUCGCUUCGCGUCAUGUACUCUUAUUCGGUCAUUGAAUUUGAAGGAACCAAAAAAUUCAUCCUUUCAACCACAUCACUGUUGGGUGGUAAAAACCCGUUCCUCGGAUUCGCCUACAUAGUCGUUGGUAGUGCGUGCUUGCUGCUUGGAAUAGUUCUACUCAUCAUUCACCUUAAGUGCAGUAAAACAAACGGUGGUAUCAGCAGCGUGCAUCAACGGUCGUCAUCGCGCCCGUAGGAAUUACUGUGCCUUAGCAGCUAGUUCAACUUGCUGCCCUUGCUGAGUACGAUCCAUUUGAAUUAAAAUAUUUCCUAUUAUACUCUUGCUUUUUUGUUUCAUUGUGAAAAUUUGGUUUAAAGUCAAAUUGAUCAAUGUCGAUUUUAAUGGAAACGAUUAAUUGCAAACUAGUUGUACUUGAAUUGAAAUGAAUUUGAAUGGAUUGACUGAUGCAAUCUUGAAUUGAUAUGAAUCGAAAUCCAUUUGUGAAAUUGUAAACUUCGCAUCCUAAGCGAAUAUUGAGUUUUGUUGUUAUGAGGGGAUUUUAGAAGUGAUAAGUAAAUGCUUAAGGUUGUUCGUGAUACAUCAAACAGAAAUAAGUAUUAUCGAUUGAGUACAAUUGAGAGUUGAUCGAUUGACCUAACAAUGCAGUUGAAUUGACAAAAAUUGUUACAAAUGAGUAAUGUGAUGACAUUAACAAAGAGAUAACUUCGAACGUGAGGUAGUGCGCUGUAAAACCAUGUAUUAGAAACUCUGCUCCCAGAAGCCUUAGAUGCGCAUCGUGGAAAGACCAGAGUUGGCUGGUUCGACGAUCAAACGGACAAACGGACGGAACAAACAAAUAUUUUACUUUCAAAAAGCAAUUAUAGAUAGACGCAGGGCGCGGUCCAGCGUACGGGCUUGCAAGUAUUGAGAGUUCAGAAGAAAACGAAACGCUUGUGGGAACAACAAAGGUUACGUGAACUUAAAGAAAAAUGAAUGAUCAUUUAUCUG